UAAGUAAAGUGACUUUAAUGGAGGCUCUUCCUGUACCUCUGACAACUUCUCGCCAAUCUGCAGAUUACCACCCAACUGUUUGGGGAGAUUAUUUCAUCAACUAUUCACCAUUACAAUCAAAUACCAGUCUGGUAAUUAGUAGUAUAUAUACUCUUCAAAGGAGGAUGUGUUAUUCUCUUCAAAAAAAAAAAGUUCUCCUCAGCUUUUAUAAAAUUAUUUCUGUUGUAGUUAAGGGGUAUAAUUUUAAAUUACUUUUAUUUUUUAAUUUUUAUUAAAUAUGUUAAUUUAUGCAAUAGUAGCAAUAGAGCAUCAAUGGCUGAUGGAGGAGAGAUUAUUCUAUGCAGUAUCUGAAUACAUCCAUAUGUCAAUCUGGACAUGCCACAUCAUUCAACGCACUGUGCAUUGGGUGACAUAGCACGUCCGAAUUGACCUCCGGACUCGUAUGAACACCCAGUUAAUAAUUUUUCCUGAUGGAGAGGUAAUAUCAACGGUCAGUUGUUUUUGGUUAUUUAGGUAGGAAUAAUUUUGAGAAAGUUCUUCGGCUCUCAAAAGAUGUUGUUCUAAUUUUAAUAAUAUUUUCAAAACUAUAAGGAAAUAGUAUUUAACUAAAUUAUAAAUAGUUUUGGUUGACUUCAUUUUGAUUCGUCCAACUUCUUAUAGACAAACUAAUCUUCUAGCUAUGACUAUCAUUUCAAGUAAUACUUACUAUUUUCGAGCAAAAUAAUAUAGGCAGAGCAAAAAGAAAAUAACGAAGAGCUCAGAACGGAGAUGAAGAAAAUUCUUAUAAAUGCUACAGAUCCAUUAAAAUCACUUGAACUGAUUGAUUCAAUUCAAUGGCUUGGAGUGGCAUAUCAUUUUGAGAAGGAAAUCAAUGAUAUAUUCUAUAGAGUUCAGAAGAUCAACAUCAUUGAUGAUGAUCUAUAUGCAGUUGCACUUCAUUUUCGACUAUUACGACAACAAAGAUAUAGCAUAAGUUCUAAUGUAUUCAAUAGGUUUUUGGAUGAUAAAGGAGAUUUCAUGGCUUGCUUCUGCAACAAUGUGAAAGGUUUACUAAGCUUGUAUGAAUCUGCUUAUCUUGGAUUUCCUGAUGAAGAAAUACUAGAGAAAGCUAAAAAAUUUUCAAGGUUUCACUUGAAGUCAUUGAUCUGCAAGAUGGAGCCAUCUUUUGCUUUGAUGGUGACAAGUGCUUUGGAAUUUCCAUUGGUUAGAACACCUGAUCGGUUCAAGGCUAGAAAUUACAUAGAAAUUUAUGACAAGUACAAAUUGUGCAAUAAAAAACUACUUGAUUUUGCAAAAUUUGAUUUCAAUAUAUUGCAAGCUACUUAUCAAGAGGAGCUUCGAAUCAUAUCUGAGUGGUGGAAAGAGUUAGGCUUGUUCAAAGACUUACCAUUUGUACGUGAUCGAAUAGUAGAAUCCUACUUCUGGAUGCUUACAACCUACUGUGAACACUGCUAUUCACAUGCUAGAGUUAUUAUGACAAAGCUGAUGGCCCUUGCUGUGACAACAGAUGAUAUUUAUGAUAUUUAUGGGACACUAGAU